GAGGAGAGAGAGAGAGAGAGAGAGAGAGAGAGAGAGAGAGAGAGAGAGAGAGAGUUUUAGAGAGAAGUAUAAGGAGUUGUUGUAGACUUGUAGUGAGAGAAAGCAUUGAGAGGCUGAGAUGGAGACAGAGCUCAGGCUAGGGCUUCCAGGAGGAGGAGGUGGUGAAGGAGGAGAUCAGGGAGUGGUGAUGAUGAGGAAGAGAGGCUUCUCUGAAACCGAGAGUGAGAUCACUACUGAUGAUGAGAGCAGUGCUUGUGUGGAUUUGAAGCUGAAUCUUUCUUCCAAGGAUGGUAGCAUCAGCAGCAGCAGCACUUCUGAGAAGUCUAAGAGUUUGAUGAUGAACAAGAACAAGGAGAAGAUCAUGGAUCUCCCCGCCGAUCCGGCUAAGCCUCCGGCCAAGGCACAAGUAGUGGGUUGGCCUCCGGUGAGAUCUUUCCGGAAGAACAUGAUGAGCACACAGAAGAGCAGUACCACUGAUGAAAGCAGCAAGGCUGGAGGCAACGCAGCUUUGGUGAAGGUGAGCAUGGAUGGUGCGCCUUACCUCCGAAAGGUCGACCUGAACAUGUACAAGACUUACCCUCAGCUCUCAGACGCCCUAGCCAAAAUGUUCAGCUCCUUCACGGGCAUUGGUAACUGUGGAUCCCAGGGAACCAUUGAUUUCAUGAAUGAGAGGAAGCUGAUGGAUCUUCUCAAUGAUUCUGAUUACAUCCCAACUUAUGAAGACAAGGACGGUGACUGGAUGCUUGUCGGCGAUGUCCCUUGGGAGAUGUUUGUUGAAUCAUGCAAGAGACUGCGCAUAAUGAAGGGAAAGGAGGCUGUUGGUCUUGCACCAAGAGCCAUGGAGAAAUGCAAGAACAGGAGCUGAAGAACUAGCACAGUGAAUCUCCACAGCCUGCUCCUUUGAUCUUGUCGCAGCUGAUCUAUCCUCACGCGCAGAUGGAUUGAGCAGGUUGUUUGGACGCAUGCUUGAUUAUUUUCCAUGUAAUAUUUGUUUUUCAUGGUUUGAUAUAUGUAAGUAAUUAAAGUGAGAUACUUUUGAGUUCUUAGUUUUCAUCAUGGACGUAUUUGCAUCUUCAGUAUGUUUGAGGACGGCUUGAUCUU